AGGCAGAAUUGGCUAAAAGUAAAAACCGAUAAAACAUCGAACAAUUUUUUUUUUCGAGUGUGCAAAUCGAAGAAUAUCAGGAGAUCCCGAAGACAGUUGACAUCCGAGUGGCCAAAAAAUGUCGCAAGAAAAAUGUGUUCGUCGUUUGCUUCUGUUAUCCAGCUCGUGCUUGCACGGGUGUGCUCCGUUUGAGUAUGCCAAAGAGGAUAUCACGCGCUUCUUCGGCAGUGGAGUGAAGGAGAUCUUGUUUAUCCCUUACGCCCUGAAAGACCAUAACGACUAUCUGGAGAAGACGCGCAAACGCUUCGCCGAUAUCGGACUGCCGUACAAUGUCUUCGGGAUCCACGAAGCGGCCUCGCCCGUCGAAGCCGUCAAGAAGGCCUCCGCGAUAUUUAUCGGUGGUGGCAACACAUUUCGCUUGCUGAAGAGCUUGUACGACUUGAAUUUGAUUCAGCCCAUCAGAAAACGAAUUCUCGAGGAAGGAAUUCCAUACAUGGGUUCUUCGGCUGGCACGAACGUGGCCACGGUCUCCAUCAACACCACCAACGAUAUGCCGAUCGUCCAUCCACCAUCGCUGGAGGCUUUGACGCUUGUUCCUUUUAACAUCAAUCCGCAUUACAUCGAACCUGAUCCCAACACAACACACAUGGGUGAAACUAGGGAUGAACGCAUUUUUGAGUAUGUCGAUUUGGACACUUCCCACCCGGUUUUGGGUCUGAAGGAAGGAUCAUGGCUGUUGGUGGAAGGAAGCAAGGCAUUGGUACAAGGGCCGAAUGGUGGACGAUUGUUUAUUGGGAAGGACCAGGUUAAGGACAUUCCAACCGGAAGUGAUGUUAGUUAUUUGAUGGAAGGCAAAACGUGCUCCUAAAUGUCCGUUUGCGAUGCGACAAGUUUUUUAUUUGUUCCGAUUUUUAUGAUUCCUUUGUUGGGCGUUUGUUACCGCCAUUUUCAUGAUUUGUACCCGACAGUGCGGCACUAAUAAUGUGAUUUUUUGUAAUUUGUAUUUUUCUAAAUCGUUUGAUAAUUUAUUAGCAAGAAAUGAUGAAUGAACGAACAGAGGUUAA